GCUCUCUUGCUUUCCUAUUGGUCAGAGUGCUCUCUCGCUACUUCUAUUCUGGCUGACGGCUCCGGUUUGCAGGAUGUUGGUCUUGGUGUUAGGAGAUCUGCACAUCCCACAUCGCUGUAACAGCUUACCAGCAAAAUUCAAAAAAUUGCUUGUCCCGGGUAAGAUACAACAUAUUUUGUGCACCGGGAAUCUCUGCACCAAGGAGAGCUAUGACUACCUCAAGACAUUGGCCGGAGAUGUUCACAUUGUCAGAGGAGACUUUGAUGAGAACUUAAACUAUCCAGAGCAAAAGGUUGUGACUGUCGGCCAGUUCAAGAUCGGAUUAAUCCAUGGCCACCAAGUGAUUCCCUGGGGUGAUAUGGCCAGCCUAGCAUUGUUGCAGAGGCAGCUCGAUGUAGAUAUUAUGAUUUCAGGACAUACACAAAAAUUUGAAGCUUUUGAACAUGAAAACAAGUUUUAUAUUAAUCCAGGAUCAGCUACAGGAGCCUACAAUGCUUUAGAAAACAACAUUAUUCCUUCCUUUGUUCUCAUGGAUAUCCAAGCUUCAACGGUGGUCACCUAUGUCUACCAACUGAUUGGAGACGACGUCAAAGUAGAAAGAAUUGAGUACAAGAAGUCCUAAAACAGAUCCUUUGAACUUUUCAUUGCCUUUAACCAUCAUACAUAGUUUAUGUAAGCUUUGUACUUGCAAGUGUUUCUUUCCACUUACUGCUGCUUUAAUAUUAGGCGUAAACUAACCAGUGAGAAAUUCCUAGUUUACAUGUGCGCCACAAUGAAUUUAUACCCUGUAUAAAUGCAUGACCUUGUAAAUAAAACAUUUCAUGUUAACAUUCACUAAUGAUACUAAAAUAACAAUACAACAUUAAAACAACACAGGCGUUUC